GAGUCGUAAACGUGCGUGCUGCCGCCGAUACGCACAGGUGAUCCGCAGUCUCGCCGUGGAUCGGUGGAAACAUGGGGAAACUUCAGGAGUUCGAGAUCACGUUCGACAAAAACAAAGUGGUGUACAGUCCGGGAGAGUCUAUCACCGGAACCUUGGCCAUUAAACUGGGCCAGGCGCUGCAGUGCAAAGCCAUCAAAGUGAACUGCAACGGUUUCUGUGGCAUCACCAGCAAGGUAAAUGAUACGGCGUGGACAGUGGAGGAACAGUACUUCAACAGCACCGUCUCCGUUGCAGAUAAAGGAACCCUGAAACAGGGAGAACACACUUUUCCCUUCAAGUUCCUCAUUCCAGAAUCUGCUCCUACCUCUUUUGAAGGCAACUAUGGCAGGAUCAUUUACAGAGUGAGGGCUUUUAUUGACACGCCGCGGUUUGCCAAGGACUACAACACAGAGAAAGCAUUCUACCUGCUAAGACUUCUAAACCUGAAUGAAGUGCCAGACAUAUGGGGAUCCUGUUCAUCUGCAGUGACCCAGCAGUUCUCCUACAUGCUAGUGAAAACAGGCACAGUGGUCAUGAAGGCCCACACUGACAUGAAGGGUUACACACCAGGCCAGAUCAUCCAGGUGAUGACCAACAUUCACAACGAGUCUGGCAAGAACACGGGCAACAUGGCGGCCAGCCUGAUGCAGAGAGUGACCUAUGAGACAAAGAGGCCCACCCAUGAUCUGAGGACAAUAGCGGAGGUGGAGGGCGGUGUGGUGAAGGCCGGCAAGGAGGUGGAGUGGAAGGAGCAGAUCAUUAUCCCUCCUCUUCCUCAGUCGUCCCUCGUUGGCUGUGAUCUUAUAAAGAUGGAAUAUUAUGUCAAAGUCAGUCUGAAGUCUCCAGACGUCAUGUUGACGUUACCCAUCCACAUCGGGAAUGUCUCUCUAGACAAAAAACGGCACCCUUCCAAAAGAGCAGCUCCUCCUUCCUCUGCUGAAGACACUCUGGCCUCUGCCUCUACUCCCGACACUUCCACCUCUGCCUCCACCCCCGACACUUCCACCUCUGCCUCCACCCCCAACACAUCCACCUCCACUUCUGCCACCACGCCCACGCUGCCACCUCGUCGUGCCCCAAAACCUGCUCCCCGCCCUACUCCGCGCUCCAGGAUGUCCUCCCAUAACUCCCCCAGUGCUCCGCCAGCUGAGUACCACCAGGGGGCAGAGGGUGGGACUCCAGUUAAUGACGGCUUCCCCAACAAGCGCCAGUCCCAGUUGGUAUCACCCAACGCUUUCAGCUAUGCCCCUGGCCUCUUUUUCUCCCAGAACCAGCACCACGGCGGGCCCGGCACUGCACCUGGCGAGCCUGCGUUAGGUGGGUCCAUGGGGGCCACAGCACCUUAUGCCCCUGGGGGUGCUACCUCGAUGCCUUCACUACUCAUUCUGCCUCCAGACUACGGCACCUCAGCAUAUCCACACGAGGCUCCUCCCUCUUAUGAUGAGAGCUGCAACACAUGAAGUGGACGAAGCACGAGCAACCUCCCGCCCCGCCAGGAUAACGAUCAAUUCACUCUGAUAUCAAACAGAAUGUUGGACUGUUUGGAAUGACCAAAAUAAGAGUCCUGCCAUUUUAAAAGGUUGUAACCAACUUGGACAAAAUGAUCGCAAGACACAGAGGAAACCCAAUGUAACCUGGUAUGAUAAGGGUUUUUUUAGGCCUCAACCCCCAGAUUUUGUGCAUAUUUCUAGCUAAAUGUAAGAAUGCAGAAUUUUGAUUUGAAAUGAAAGUGAAUUGAGCUCUGUUGCCCAGUGAACAUAUACCUUCGCUCAUCUAUCCGGGGUUAUUCUCUCCUUUGGACCAGCCACAGCCAAUCAACGCAGCCUUUUUAAAAUCAACGUUUGAUGUACUUUUAGCACUUUGAGUAAAAGGAAAGAGGAGGAGAAUAUGCAGAAUUUUAUUUGCUGUUCUUUGUACAGCCACAGGAGUCAUGAUUUUAGUUGUAGGUUAUCUAGACGGCAUCUGUGAUGUCAAGUUUGAAUUUUUGUUUGAUGUACCUGGCAAAACAAACCAUCUCAUUUAGUAUUCAUUUUAUUUUUUAUGAAAAAUAAGAAAUUAACCUGUGGAUUUUUUAUUGAUCUUUAUUCUUGUGGCAUAUUUUCAUUAGAAUUUCAAUAUUUAAUACAGGAUAAAAUGGUUUGUUUGGAAAGGUCUUUUUUAUUUGCCUUUGAUCAGGAGUUAUCAAUUUUAUGAUGAUAAUGAACAAUCCAGAUAUUGCUGUUGCAAGUCUACAUAUAGCUUUGUAAGGAUAAAAAAAAAAACACUUCCAUGUGGUUGAACUGUGUUGUAGUGACUGUAGACUUCCUAUGAGAAAUGGUGUAUAUUCUUCUUCCCCUGCUGAAAGUGCGUUGUUUCUGUACAUGCCAGACAUCUUCUCGUGUCUGAAUUCUUUUAGUAGUUACAAUAAUUGAAUAUUGCUGUCAUUGGAGGUUUUUCUUUGGCCCUUCUCAAUGUAGCUCACAUCUGUUUUAAUCGCAGAGUUUUGUGAAUACGUUUUCAUAUUUUUUGAUCAAGUUAAAUCCAUAAACAUGCAGAAAGACAACGGUUUUAUUUUAUUAUUUAUUAUUUCUGAUUGUUUUUCCAACUGCUGUCUGGAUUCCAAUAAAUCUGUUAAAACAAUUUUUGUUUCAGUUUCUGUGGCAAUGGGAUGUUGUUUCUGUUCUUAUUUCACAAAGACCCAAUUCUGCUUUGUGGUUCCGGUAAAGCAGACACUUGGUAUGUUUAAAGGGAUGUAACUGUAUAUCAAUUAAUGUGUUCUUAUGACUUAAUUUCAUUGUUUUCUAUUGCUGGGGAAUCCCAGUCAAAAGCACUAAAUUCAUAAUGCACUGCUAUUUAUUGAGUUUGCCAUGGGUCUUAAUGUAAAGUAUCACACGCGUGGCUCAGAGGAAGGGUGGGUCGUCCACUACUCGGAUGGUUGUUGGUUUCGAUCCCAGGCUCCUGCCUGCCACAUGUCGAAGUAUCUUUGAGCAAGAUACUCAAGAUACUCCUAUCUGAACUGUGUGAAUGUGAAUGUGCAUGAUUUAGUUACUUUUCGAUGGGCACUGAGUGAAUGUGUGUAAAAGGGUAAAUGUGGCACGUAGUAUAAGUACUGUCAGUCAUUUUCAAGGAGACGAACACAGAUGCAGCAGACAUAGAUUUCCUCAUGUGCUCUGUCUAGUUUAGUUUUACACAAUUUGGAAAUGAUCCAACUUUCCUAAAAUAAUAAUCGGCACUGGAAAGAAAUUUGUAGUAUCCUUUAAGAUCCAAUGGUGUAUAAGUCUAUGGAUCCAUAUUCAAAUCUGUAUAUCAUAUUG